AUGCGUGACUGGCUGAGUGGACCGAGAGCAGCAGUAACAUCGUUCACCGCCGGGGCAAUCAUGUUCUCGAUUGGAACAUAUAUAGCGACGCAUCAAGUCAUGGGAUCAACUUACAUUUGUUUUGCCCCUUUGGACAGUCGGUCUCAAACCACAUUGCUGCAGUACGUCGGCCUUGUGCUAGAUGCAACAGCUAUUGUCCAUUUGUGGCGGAUCUUGGCCUGGACAAGAAGUGUCAAGCUGCGUCUUCGGACGCUCUCCAACAUCUUGCUUACUUCAUCGCUACUACUCUUACCAGUGUGGACAUUUGCCCGACUUUUCAGCAGUGGCCCGCAAAGUAGCGUUGGCUUUGGAUUCCUGUACGGAUUUGACGUGCUGGUAGAUAGUUUCGCCUUCGCCACGCUAACCAUUGGUUUGUCAGUUUGGACCUGCGAAACCAACCCGGUCGUGUCCACCGCUGUGACCACGUUUCUCUAUGGUACAUGGCGAGCUGGUGUUAACGUCUUCAACCUGGGAGGUUGGAUGUAUCUCUCAAGAUCUGCAAGUCUUGGGCCACUCUGGCUAAUAACUUGCGGCUUGGCCAUUUUUCUUUACGCACAUGACAUACGAUCUGUCGUCUUCAUCAGACGUACAUUGUUCGUCGCUUUCAUGGCAAGCAUUCUCAUCACCGCCACCAUCUUCACAUUCGUUCGUCCGAUUAGCAGGUUUGAGAAACGGCAUCCAAUAAAUGAUCUUAUAUACGAAGCUCGCGUGAUACAUGAUCGCUGGCUUGUGAAAGCCGCUACGAGCACAACUCUGGCAACUGCUGUCAUGACAUAUGAAGAACGCCAUGGUGGCAGACCGCCACCUCCCAAAUUUGGAGAUUGGUACCAGUACGCUUCUGGUUCGGCUGUUAUAGAUGAAUUCCAGCAAAUCGACAGCGAUUUGGAUAUAUUUUGGUCCCUGUCGCCAGAAAAUCUGCGUAAACGAGUUCUAUCAGCACUAGCGAACCCUGAUGUUGGCAGUAUUAUCGUGGCAGAUGGGCAGGUUACCAUGAACAGUUCAGGAAAUCACGUCGAGAAUCUAGAUCUGAGAGAACUAGCUGAUAUGAUACAAAAGUUCUCAAGGCAUUUGCCUGACAUGGUUUUGCCUAUCAAUCUCAAUCUGGUGCCCCGCGUGCUUCCGUCAUGGACGAAUACACAACUCCACAGCCGAAGCUACUUGCAUUCUAUGGCCAAAAUAAUAUCCAAAAGAUCUCAGAAUGGUUCAGCACCCUUUGGCGAAGUGUUCGGAUCAGGAUACGCCGAGCUGAGGGAACGUGACCCCAUCCGGUACCAAACCUGGGUCAAACAUUUUCGACGAGCACAUGCCGAAGCAUGCCCUUCAACGUCCCGAGCCCAAACUAGCCCUCACUGGAACAUUGGCCGCUUUUGCGCAGGUUGCGUAAAAGAUCACUCUCGUGGUCAGUUGUUGGACAAUUGGCAAAGAUCGUUAGAUCUUUGUGCCCAGCCUGACCUCAACCAUCUCCACAGCUUUGCGAUGACGGAUCUCGGCGUCGCCCCGAUACAAGACCUCGUUCCAUUAUUUGGGCCAUCCAAGACGGGCGGGUUUCGGGAUAUUUUGAUUCCUUUAUCUCAGUCACAGCAAAAUAGACCGGAUGAUCUAGAGCCAUUUUCGAAGCGCAAGGAUACUUUAUUCUGGAGGAGUACUAUCGGCACGCAUGGUAUCAACGAGCAAUCGACACGGGGAAGCCAUAAGCUACGACUUUUGCACCUCAUCAACAAUGCGGACACCCGAGAUAGGGUAACCAUGAUUCUCCCUGUUCUUGGAGUGGAUAAUCAGUUCAGGUCAGAAUCUGUUUCCGUGCGAGAGGCUAAUCGGGACCUAUCCUUUGAUGUUAGUGCAAGUGACCUCUCUGCCUGCAAGGGUAAGAACUGCGACGCCAUUAAAAAAGCAUACGGCACAGGCGGUCAGCUGGAGGACCCCUUCAAAUAUCGCUAUGUGCUGGUGACUGACGAAGACGAUGGGCCGCCUGCCACAAUGUUGACCAUGCUACAUUCACAGUGCCUGCCUUUCAUCUCCACGAUAUUCAAGACUUGGUACACCGACAGGCUCACCCCCUGGUUGCAUUUUGUGCCCAUAGACCCUAGAUAUCAGGCUUUGCAUACGACAUUGCUCUAUUUUACGGGGACGGCCAACAAAGCUAAAAUGAAAGGGAUUAACACUUAUCUGAAAGGGCGUUCUUCUGAUGCAGAGUGGAUUGCACAACAGGGCCAACGAUGGGCAAACAAGUCGUUGGGGAAAAAAGACAUGGAGAUAUACUUGUUUAGACUACUGCUUGAGUGGGGUAGGCUUAUUGACGAUCGAAGAGAUGAAAUUGGAUAUCGAAAGAGGUCAAACGGAGAAUUCCAAGGCGAUGAGUGGACUCGUUGA